AUGCCUGAAGAGAGCGCCACAAGUGGCUACCGCUUAGACCAAGACACUCUGGGGCAGGUCCCUGUACCUGAAAAUGCCCUGUGGAUGUCACAGACGGAACGUUCGCGUAAUAACUUCCCCUUUCCAGCGACCGAACGAAUGCCGGAGGAGGUGAUUUUGGCUUUAGCGCGCGUCAAACACGCGUGUGCGGUGGUGAAUCAGAAGGCGGGCAGGCUCGAGAAUUCGGUGGCGGAGGAGAUAAUUAAGGCCUGCGAGCGAAUUGAGACUUCGCUCGCGUAUCCUAAUGAAGAGAAUCGUCCAGAGGAGAAUUGCGAGCGCGGAGAUGACUACAUGAGCCAGUUCCCUUUGGUAAUUUUCCAGACGGGUAGUGGAACGCAAUCGAAUAUGAACAUGAAUGAGGUGGUUGCCUCUAUAUGUAAUCAAGCUCUCGGUCAGCCACUGGGGUCAAAGGGCCCCGUCCAUCCGAACGAUCAUGUGAACAAAGGUCAAAGUAGCAAUGACGUGUUCCCGACUGCGGCGCACGUUGCGGUAUGUUGCGCUUUGUACCAUACUUUGUUGCCUGCGAUGCGGCAGUUUAUCGAACUGCUUCAAACAAAGGUGGAGGAGUUUGGUUCAGUAGUCAAGGUUGGCAGGACGCAUCUCAUGGACGCGGUACCUAUGACUCUUGGUCAGGAAUUUAGUGCGUAUGUGUAUAAUAUGAGGGCUGUUCUCGGCCAAAUCGAAUCUUCUUUGUGCGGGCUGCGGAAACUCGCCAUUGGCGGUACGGCUGUAGGCACUGGACUUAACUCAUACCCAGGGUUCGACUUGGAAGUUAGCAAAGUUUUAACGGACUUAAUGGGUACUGACGGCAACCAUUUCGAGCCCAGUGAAAACAAAUUCGCAGCUCUCUCUACCGUCACCCCCCUAGUUAACCUCGCUGGCUGCCUAACCACCUUGGCCACAGUCAUGAGCAAAAUGGCCAACGACAUACGGCUUCUCGCCUCGGGUCCACGCUGCGGAUUGAACGAACUACUCCUCCCAGAAAACGAACCAGGGAGCAGUAUCAUGCCAGGCAAAGUUAAUCCUACACAGUGCGAGUCUAUGGCGAUGGUAGCCGUACAAAUCAUGGGCUGUUGUCAUACUGUUAAAUUGUGCAACUUGUAUGGUCAUUUACAACUGAACGUGUAUUAUCCCGUAGCCACGGCGAACAUUUUGAGAAGUAUUAAGUUGGCUGUAGUUAGCUUAAAAUCUUUCGCAGAGCGCUGUCUGGUAGGUGCCCGCGCGAAUGAGGCUCGAGAGAUUGAAUAUUUGGAGAAGAACCUGAUGGUCGUGACUGCCUUGAAUCCAAUCAUUGGCUACGAUAAGGCAGCCAAGGUGGCAAGACAUGCUUAUGUCAAUAACAAGUCUCUGAGAGAAGCUGUUCUUGAAUUAGGUGUUUGUAAAGAGGAGGAAUUUACUGAUGCAAUCGAUCCAAAAAAAAUGUGCUAA